AUGCACAAGAGCGACUCAGAAUGCGACCACUUCUUCGCCAAUACCUUAUUCUCGGAGGACGAUCCGAGCCAGUUGGUUCCUCUGCUGCGCUUCUUCUCCGACGACGGUACCGAGCAGCCAGUGCCCGGGCGUCAGAUCAAGCAGGUCAAGCAUACCGGCCUGACGGCCGAGUUGGACGCCUACCGACGACGCAUUCAGUCGUUGCUCGAGUUCCUCGACUGCAUUGCCCAGCACUGGUGGAACAAGUCGUUUGAUUUCGACGGCCGACUUGUCGUCAGGCCGAGUCGAAGCGCCGAUUUGGUGCGCAAAACUCAGGCUCGACUGGUCUACAUGUUGCCCAGACUCUCGAUGCGCAGCAUCCUACCGUUGGCCAAGGCCGUGACGACACUUGAGUGCCGUGAUGCCGUCAAACUGCUGCCCUCCGGCGUCUUCACGAGCCCUCAAGACAACGACAUUACCAGCCUCCUCUCCUCCGAGAACGCUGCCUUCUUCAUGCUGCCGGUUGAGGAUUUAAACGAGGCGGGAAAGUCGUCAUCGCGACCCUUGAGACUGGGUGGCAACAAGGGCGACAGUCCCAAAGAACUGUUACGCAAGGCCUGCCUGUUGACGCGACGCCUUAGCGACGUAGAGGGUGUCAAACAACGCUUAAUUUUGGCCACAAUUCGUUGGAUCAUCUGCGACGGUCGUGAUUUGAACCUACGCUCACGGCGACUCGCCAUGCUCGCCAAGUAUGCCGAGGUCAGUUUUGUGGAGCAAUUCGCCUCUAUUCAAGCACUACUCACACACUACUAUCGCCCAAGGAGUCUUAUCAAACCAGUUGCCAUGACAACGGCUUCUGCGACCACAUCUGGCAGUCAUGCCGUUCAUGGGGGCAAUCAUUCGGCUCAGAGUCAACAGUUGCUGCCCUACCUGGUCGACAUGCUGAGGGGCGCCUCGACGCCAAUGCCGGAAGUGGAGGAAGAAGCGACGACAAUGACAAUGACGACGUCGUCGUCGACGACGACAACGACGACAACGACAGUCGAGCUGAACGACGACUCAAAUGCGACAGCUGCCGUCGAGUUUCUCUCGGAACCGGUGACGGCGAUUCGUCUGGUACGCACGGAUCAGCGCAUUCUCGAGGCAUUUGAGCAGGCCUGUCCCACGACACGUCACCAACUGGCGACCGCUGUCGGAGUGCUGGUCGACGUGGCUGACAUCUCCGACCCCCUCGGCCUGGCCAGCGGUGGUCUCAUAUGGCACCAGGGCGACUACGAGGAUCUCAGCACUCUGGUCUACCGACGGCUCGAGAAGGCGACUCAAGCUGAGUCGAGAACCGGCGCCAUCGCCAGCCAAAAUGCUGUCAGUCUUGGUCGGACUGGCGGUGAACGACAUGGUCUGUUGAAGAAUCGCUCCGAGAGUUGGGGCAUCUCGAGACGCGAGUUGAAGCCGAUAAUUGAAAAUCUGGGUCUUGAUCUUUGCCGCCUUCCAGUCGCGGUCUCGCAGGAACAAGACGUCAUUGAAUUGGCCCAAUUCCGCUCCGGCAUACCCACAAUCCUCGGUCUCGAACGCCAGCCCUCGACUGCCCUGCCAGCCUCGGCUCGACACAACACCGACAACCAAACCUCAGUCCUCGGUCAGUCGAGUCUAUGUCCUGACGAGCCGUCAUCGCGGCCAAUUCAUCCGACCGGCCGGUCUAAAAGUCUCUUUUUGCAGCAGAUCUUCGCCAGCCUGCGAUCAGCUCGCCUCUCCGGCCUGAAACAGGGUCAACAGAGCCGAAACCGGCAUCAUCGUGUGGGCUUCGGGGGUCAGGGCCAGCUGGAGGAUGACGACAAGACGGGUCCAUCCGUCGCCUUGUCGGUCUCGGACUGGACGCAGUCCGAGAGCGACGUGACCGGCCUCGUUCGUGCAGACGAUGCACGCGUCGAGGCGGCUACUUUGAGGCGGACGGAAGUGGAGGAUAGCAGAAAACUGAGCCCAAAGAGGCUGGAGAUGUCGGGACACUGGCAGUCGAAACGAUAUGCCUCAUUGGACGUAGAGCAACAGCUUUCGCCUCGCCCAGUUGAACGGAUCCGCAUGGAAGGCGACGAGUCGCGGCUGCCGAGUUCGACGCGGCUUCACGACGAGCUGAGCCCGAACGACCUGGUUGAACAGUUGGCCGACGACACAAGCUGUAUCUUCAGUGCCGGUACAGGCUACGAGAAUGAGGAAGUUGAGACGGAAGAGGUCAGUCUGCGAUCCCUUGAGAUCGGCGACAUUGCCAUUGCGGGCAGAUCGGACAAAAAGUCCCUUCAUGGGGUGUUCGGCGAGAGGAGCACAGUCGAAUUGGCCUCAAAGCAGUCGAAAAACUUCCCCUCUCGAGCCUCGUCGGAGUUAAUCCCACCAAUCAGGCAGGUUGCCACCUCUGAAAAGCAUCUAUUCUCCGAGGCGUAUUCACAUGCCUCACGUCAGACUGAGCCGGAUCAUCCUCUCGACCGCCAGAUCGGACACUUUGAUGACAUUUUGAGGAGGCCAAACGACGCAAAACUCGAACUAGCCCCCGUAGUUCAGACUUUCUGGUUGGCCAAGCGGCCCUCUACAAAGUCUGGAAAGGCGACAACAACCUCUGUGCAUCCGUUGCUAUCAGUCAGCUCCACUGCCUCUGGAACAGUGCCAGGCAGACUUACGCAGGUUCAAUCGCAACAGCACAACAUCUACCGGGGCUCGAGGAGACAACAGACCUUCCCAGACUGGCUGAGGCUCUCGAACCCAGGCCUGUGCUCGUUACCUUACAAAAGCGAUGAAAUGAUGGGAGAUAAGGAUGAUUAUGAUGAUGAUGAUGAUGAUGAUGAUUACUAUGAGGAGAAGGAGGGGAGCAACGACGAUGACGAAGAGAAUAUGAGUUGUAGGACUUUCGAAUCGUUGGAAGAGACUCCAUCAGGCGGGACAGAGGGGCCGGAAAUGAGUAAAGGGCAGCAUUUAUCACCGAUAGAGCUCUUCUACUUGGACGAGCUACUGAUAAAACAGGCGCUCGAAUUCACUAACCGGUUUAAGGCUUCUUUGUGUCGGCCUCCGAUUACGAAAAUGCCACCUAUCAAGAUGGCGCCGACUUUCAGAGGACCAUCAGGAAAUGCUGGCCGUAACUGUGGCCUCGAUUCGCUGAGACAAAAGGCUGGCAGGCGGAAUCAUCUCUUUUAA